AUGCCCUCCGGGCCAGCUCCCCCAGCGGGGCUCCGGGGAGCUCUCGCCCCGCCCCCUUCGGCGCGGGGGCCCCAGGGAGGGGCGGAGCAGCCCUUCCUUAGGGAAUGCGAACCUUCCCACUGGGUGCCCGGGCCCUGCCGGGUGGCUGGGCCGCUGCAAACACGCCGCCCUGCGGGGAGCGCGGUGGGAAAAAGCUCCUCCCAGGUCCCGCUCCCCUGCACGCACGGCCCUCACACGCUGCUCUCUUUUCCUGGUUCCCACCCGCGCCAGGUGAUGCGCAGAGCUGAAACCAUGGUCCAUCAGGUGCUCUACCGGGCGCUGGUCUCCACCAAGUGGCUGGCGGAGUCGGUUCGGGCUGGCAAGCUGGGGCCUGGCCUGCGGGUGCUGGACGCGUCCUGGUACUCGCCGGGCACCCGCGAGGCCCGCAAGGAGUACCUAGAGCGCCAUGUGCCCGGCGCCUCCUUCUUUGAUAUAGAGGAGUGCCGGAACGCGGCGUCGCCCUACGAGAUGAUGCUGCCCAGCGAGGCCGACUUCGCCCACUACGUGGGCCGCCUGGGCAUCAGCAACCAGACCCACGUGGUGGUUUACGAUGGUGACCGCCUGGGCUCCUUCUAUGCGCCGCGGGUCUGGUGGAUGUUCCGUGUGUUCGGCCACCGCACCGUGUCGGUGCUCAACGGCGGCUUCCGGAACUGGCUGAAGGAGGGCCACCCGGUGACAUCUGAGCCCUCACGCCCAGAGCCGGCUAACUUCGAAGCCACACUGGACCGCUCCCUGCUCAAGACCUACGAGCAGGUGCUGGAGAACCUUGAGUCUAAGAGGUUCCAGUUGGUGGAUGCCCGGUCCCAAGGACGGUACCUGGGCACCGAGCCAGAGCCAGAUGCAGUAGGACUGGAUCCGGGCCACAUCCGAGGCUCAGUCAACAUGCCGUUCGUGGACUUCUUGACCGAGGACGGCUUCGAGAAGAGCCCAGAGGAGCUGCGUGCUCUGUUCGAGGCCAAGAAGGUGAAUCUGGCCCAGCCCCUCAUUGCCACCUGCCGGAAGGGAGUCACCGCCUGCCACAUUGCCCUGGCCGCCUACCUCUGCGGCAAGCCCGACGUGGCCGUCUACGACGGCUCCUGGUUCGAGUGGUUCCACCGGGCCCCCCCGGAGACCCGCGUGUCCCAGUGGCAGCGCGGGAAGGCCUGAGCGGUGGGCCUCCUCAGUGACCAGAAGCUCCCGUCUGUUCAGUGACCGAAGUCUGACACACAGAGUGUACCUCGUCGGCCAAGGAGACCGACUAGGUUUGAGAACUGCCGGGCAAAGCUCUCCUUUCCUCCCAGACACUGGAAUAAACCGCUUUUUCUGAGGA